AUAUUAUCAUUAUUAUAUAUAUAUAUCUAUAUACUUCGCUUCUAAGUUAUACAAAAACACGCCGCCUUCACAAACCAUUCAUUUUACAAAUUAUAAACUCUUAACCAACCAAACAAACCAACCUAAAUCUUAAACAUUAUAAUUCCUUUGUUCUACUACUUCAAAAUAUUGUUAUGCACUAUCACAACCCAACCACAGACUCAAUGAUCCAGCUUUACCACAGCCCACCCCUCUCCCCCAACCAAUGUGGCUCCAGCCUCUUCCAAGUGGUUCACGCCCCUCUCGCACUAGUCUGGUCCAUGGUCCGACGUUUCGACAACCCACAGGCUUACAAGGGCUUUGUGAAAAGCUGCACCAUCCGCCAAGGCGAUGGCGGGGUUGGCACCGUUAGAGAGGUGGUGUUGGUGACUGGGAUGCCGGCUAACACCAGCGUGGAGCGGCUCGAGCAUCUCGAUGACGAAGCACAUGUCAUGGUUUUUACCAUCGUUGGUGGGGAUCAUAAGCUGGCCAAUUACCGGUCCACCACCACGUUGCAUGAGAAUGGAGACGGCGGAGGGAACACGGUGGUAGUGGAAUCGUAUGUGGUGGAUGUUCCUUACGGGAGUACUAAAGAAGACACUGUUUUGUUUGCUAAUACUAUUGUCACGUGUAAUCUCAAGUGGUUGGCACGUACGGUAGAGGCGCUUCUUUAAAACGCGACUUUCCUUCUUCUUUUUAUUUUUAUAUUUUGUACUAUGCUUUAUUAAUUAGGUCGGUUGCUUUUAAUUAUUCCUACCCAGAAAAGGAAGGGUUAAAUAUAAUAUGGGAUUUAGCAAUUCUGCUUCAUAA